UUUCGACAUCAGUCUUCCUUCCGAGCUCGCACCAACAUGUUGCGCUUACCGUUCUUGUGCUUUUGCGUUGCACUCGCCCUCCUCGGGCCGGUCGCCUCCGACAACGCCAUCCAGAAACCUAGUGACAAAAGUGAGUUGAAGAAAACCCUCUCGAGGGACUGCUCGUCGUCGUACACCUCCACGUGCCUCAAACUCGACAUCGUGUCCUGGGUGGACAAGCUCAACGAGCAGGAGGACUACAACGUGCUCCCCGGGGUGUCCCUCGUCCGGGAAGACGGCAACAGCAGCCGCCCCAACACCGCCGACAUCGUCGCCGAGCUGGCCAGAGACUUCCCCAACGACCCCGACGCCCGCCUGGACGCCUUCCUCAUGAAGAAGGUCACGGGCUACCUCAACACCCACUCCAUCAAGCUGAAUCUGUUCAAGACAGACUCGGAGGAGUCGGCGAGGAAGGGCGGAGGUGGAGGCGGCGGCGGCAAGAAAGGCGACGGCUUGGGGGCGAUCCUGGCGGCGGGAGCUAUGAUGAAGGGCACGAUGUUCGCGCUGGCCUUGGGCGGGUUGGCGGCGCUGGCUGGAAAGGCGUUGAUGACGGGGUUGAUCUCGCUAAUGCUUUCGGCUAUCAUCGGCAUCAAGUCCUUGGCGGGCGGAGGCGGCAAGUCCACCACCUACGAAGUGAUUGCGAAACCCAUUUACACGCAUUCUAACACGCAUUCGGUGUCGCAUGAAGAGCAUGGAGGAGGACAUUACGGGCAUUCUUCCUAUGGAAGGAGCUUCGACGUUCCGUUGCCUCUGGGACUACAGGCUGGGUAUAAACCGGCAGUGUGAAAGUGGUGUCGAUAUUUAUUUAUUUAUUUAUUUAUUGCUUGCACUAGUAAUAAACUGCAUCUUUUGUUGAAGUAAA